AUGAGGGCCUUAGAAACUAAUAACUCUGGGUCUGUGGGUGAGUUUAUCCUCCUGGGCUUCCUCUGCCGCUGGGAGAUCCAGAUCUUCCUCUUUAUUAUCUUUUCCCUCAUCUACCUGCUGACUCUCACAGGGAACACAUCCAUCAUCUGUGCUGUAUGGUCCAGCCGGAAGCUCCACAUACCCAUGUACAUCCUCCUGGCCAACUUCUCCUUCCUGGAGAUCUGCUAUGUCAGCUCUGAUGUGCCCCAAAUGUUGGCCAACCUUAUCUCCCAGACCAAGAGCAUAUCCUAUGCUGGCUGCCUGCUCCCGUUCUACUUCUUCUUCUCCAUGUGCGCUGCUGAGGGCUUAUUUCUGUCAGUGAUGUCUUUUGAUCAAUUUCUUGCUGUUUGUAGACCUUUACACUAUCCCACCAUAAUGAGCAAUCACCUGUGUGUUUGGCUAGUCAUCUUCUGCUGGCUGGGUGGCUUUCUCUGGUUACUAACCCCUGUGAUCCUAAUAUCUCAGGUGCCCUUCUGUGGUCCAAACACUAUUGACCACUUUCUCUGUGAUCUGGCACCUUUGCUGGCAUUGUCCUGUGCUCCUGUAUCUGGAAUUACCUUGACUUUGGGUGUCAUUAGCUCUCUCAUCAUCUUCCUUACCUUCCUAUACAUCCUUGGCACUUACUUCUGUAUCCUAAGCACGGUGCUACAUAUGCCCUCAGAUUUGGGAAGGCACAAGGCUUUCUCAACCUGUGCCUCCCACCUUUCUGUAGUGUCUCUGUUUUAUGGUUCAGUCAUGGUGAUGUAUGUUAGCCCCGGUUCUGAGUGCUAUCAUGGGAUGCAGAAAUUUGUGACUUUGUUCUAUGCUUUGGCAACCCCAUUCUUUAAUCCCAUUAUCUACAAUUUUCGGAACAAAGAUAUAAAGGAGGCACUAAAAAAAUUUCUCUGUGUGUUAUGA